AUGGUCACACUCCUUGGUUUGGCAUUUAACAUUGCGGGCUCGGGUUUAGUCUUUUACUAUGAUCCGGAUUUCAACAAACAAUCACCAUCCUGGGUGUAUUUGUUUUAUGGAUUCUGCAUUUUCAUGUAUCAAACUUUCGAUGCUUGUGAUGGCAUUCAUGCUAGAAAAACCGGCCAAUCUGGCCCAUUGGGCGAGUUGUUUGACCAUUGCUGUGAUGCAAUUAAUGCAACUCUCUCUCUUCUAAUGUUUGCAAGUGUUGCUGGACUUGGCAAGGGUUGGCUUUUGUUCGUUUCUCAGUUUGCUGUUCUUACAAACUUCUAUCUUUCAACCUGGGAGACAUAUUUCACGCAUACGCUUUUCUUGAGUCAAUUCAGUGGUCCUGUCGAAGGUAUCAUUAUCAUUAUAUUGAUGUGUUGCUUGACUGCUUAUAGAGGUCAAGCUGAUUUAUGGGGAUUUGAAUUAUUCACUGUGGAUCUUUCACCACUUAAUGUCGUUCCAAAUACUUAUACGAUAACAUUUCUUGACUCAUGCAUCGUUGCAGGUGCCAUAAUUCUAGGCUUCAACAUAUAUUCUGCUAGAAGGAACGUGCUUACAAAAGUUACUGACCCAAAUCUUAAACGUGAUGCUGACCGUGGUUUGGUGCCCUUCUUCCUGUAUUAUGCCAGUGCUUUGAUUUUGGUUUUGCUCCAUAAACAAAUUUUGAAUGUCUAUACUACCCAGCUAGUUUUUACGAUUGGAGCUACUUUGGCAUUCAUGGUUGGUCGUAUUAUCUUAGCUCAUCUCACUAAGCAAAGCUUUCCUUACAAGAACUUUCCGGCAUAUAUUCUUGUAUCUGAGAUUGUUUCAAUCGACAUCCUUACCAAGAUCUAUCACUUCGACUAUGACAGUAUCGUGUGCUUAGUUGUUUAUGUUGGACUUGGACUUACUUUGGCUCUAUAUGGUACCUUUGUGUUUGAGAUCAUCUAUGAUAUUACUGACUACUUGGAUAUCUGGGCCCUAUCAAUCAAGCAUCCAAAAGUCAGUAUGAAAGCCGAGUAA